GCCCCGACAGUCUUCUCGCUUGCUGUCUUGCGUCGACUCACCUCUUCCCUUGAAUAAAUUUGCUAUAGCAUAUUCUCUGUCGCCGCAGUUUCUUCCACCCUCCGACUUAUCAUGGCUACUGAACCACUCAACCCCGUCCCUCCACCGAAAUGGGCCGUGGCCUUGAACUCCCCUGCGCCGCAACCUUCGAAGGCAGCAUCCCGCAUUCCCGACCCUCCAGGCUUCUCUAGCAGCAAAGUAGGAGGAAAGAAUCGCACGCAACAGUCCACACCCGCCGCCGCAUCCAAAUCCGAGGAUACCGAUACGCUGAAGCUGAAGAAAGCGUGGGAGAUUGCUAUGGCACCUUCGAAGCAGAUCCCCAUGAACGCGAUCAUGAUGUACAUGUCCGGAAACAGCCUUCAGAUCUUCAGUAUUAUGAUGGUCUUCAUGCUCUUCAAGGGACCCAUCCAGGGCUUGAUCAACACGAACACGGUCUUUGCUAAAUUCGACACGGAAUCCACACGAGGAAAGCUGUUUGGAGUGAAAGCUGUUUAUGUUUUGAUGCAAUUCGUGCUGCUGGCAUUGGGGGUGUGGAAGGUUAAUGCGAUGGGUCUUCUACCGACUACACGAUCGGACUGGUUAGCUUGGGAGUCUGAACGGCAACCUUUGGAGAGGGCUUAUUUUGCCUUAAGUUGAUGGGUGACAAAGAACAACAGAAGAAAAUUAAAUGAAAACUUUUUAUGUGACGCAAUUCAAGCUAUAUUAUAAUAUGUUGGAGUACAUGUACAAUGAUCACAUCCGCUGAAGGAAU